AUUGUUGAAUAGCACAGCUGCUGUGCCACAGCACGUUGAUUGUUAUAGUUUGUUCAAAGGGCACUUGCUGUUUUGCAUUGAAUCAAGUUAAAUGCUUUCUGAUCGUAGUUCUAUUCCUCUUUUAAAUGAAAUUUUUUCCCUUUGUUGUUGAUAAAUUUUACGUUUGGUCAAUUAAAAUUGUGUUCCACAAGCUUUUCGUGAAACCGUUGUAACCGUUACUUGUUGUCCGAUUAAUAACAAGAGUUUGGCAUUCCGUUGGAAACACUCAAGGACAUAAAAUGGAAACGAAGCCCACUAGUGACUCGUCUAACACAUCAAUUUGUGUGGGAUCUGGACAUCAGUCGGACGAAAUCUCGUCGACACCUUCAGAACAGAUUCCGUUCGAACUGGAAAACAUUUCCAACGAUAUCCACGGAUCGACCGAUCCGGUCAUCGUCAACACUUCCAGCGUAAAGUUGGACACAUUGAACGUCGUUGAUCAUCAUUUUUUGCACGAAUUCGCAGACGGACUUAAAAUUCACUGUCCAAUCGUCAGUGAGGCCAUCAAAUAUAAAAAAACCAAAGAGUCCGUUCGAUACGAUUUCUCUUCCUCGAUUGCUUCGGACGACGACUGUCUGCCGAAGAAACACAUUCCAAUCACAAACCGAUUCACUCAACGACACCGAUACAAGCACACGUAUUUCGACAGUGAUGGAAACGAAGUCACAUCCGGUUCACAGACGGAAACUGCGGACAGUUGUUAUGACAAUGAUAAUAACAUCCAAAGAGCUAAGUCUGGGGACUCCGUGAAAACUGCGAUGCAACUGGACCUAGGCGUGAAUCAGUCCACUCAAAUGGCUACGCGUAAUGACCGUGAUGGUGUCUUACCGCAAGCGGAACCAAUUUUCAACCGAAAAGACACCACCGCAGAUCGCCAGCCAGGGGAUAACAUUCCAAUCCAUGGCUUUUUCACACUGUACCGUAACAAGUACAGAUAUUUCGACAUUGAUGGAAACGAAAUCGAACUGGAUUCCAAGGCUCAGACUACCAGUGAGCCAUUGCCAGAGCCAUCUCACUUGGAAGAAAAGUGCGCGGAAAAAAAUUCGCACGAAAGAAAUAAGCUGGCACUGCCUCAGGAAGACGAGCAAUGAUACCCGCAAAUAUUUGCUCAGUAUGAAGAGCACUCUAACAACCAUCAAUAAUAGUUCAAAGACAGAGACUAAUCAACACCUCAUUUUACGCAUAUAAUGGACCAACAAUUUUUGACUGAUUGAUAAAGAAUUUACGUGUAACUCAAAUGAUUUAAUUCUGCAACUGUUGCCAAUGUGUUAGGAGCAGGCAGUUCUCUUAAUUAGUAGUUUAAACUUUUUUCGUUUCAAUAAAAAAAUUGACAAAUUCAA